AUGGUACAGCAGAAAUUAUUGACAUUCCAGUUCAACCCUUCAUCAAGAGUUUAUGGUUACACAUCAGUAAAUCUUCGCCCUGGGGGUGAUGAACAGGAAGUAACACUUGACAAUGUGGAAGAUUAUGUAGCUCUUGUGACUGAUUUCUGCUUCAACACAGGAAUUCAGAGACAAAUGGAAGCUUUCAAAAAUGGUUUUGAUCUGGUUUUUUCAAUGGAAAAAUUAGUAUUCAACCCUAUGGAGUUGUCAUCUUUGCUUUGUGGUGACCAAGCACCAACCUGGACAAAAGAAGACAUAUUGAAUUACACAGAACCAAAAUUAGGAUAUACUAAAGAUAGUCCUGGAUUCCAGCGGUUUAUUAAUGUCCUGUUAAAAUUGACAUCUGAUGAACGAAAAGCAUUCCUCCAAUUUACCACUGGUUGUUCAUCACUGCCUCCUGGGGGGUUGGCAAAUCUUCAUCCCAGACUGACUGUUGUUCGUAAAGUGGAUGGUAAUGAUAAUAGUUACCCAUCAGUAAACACUUGUGUCCACUACCUGAAGUUACCUGAGUAUUCUACUGAAGAAAUAUUGCGUGAGCGAUUGUUAAUUGCUACUAGAGAAAAAGGAUUUCAUUUGAACUAA